AUGGAACUGGCUACUGUGAACCUCAGUGAAGGGAAUGGGAGCGACCCAGAGCCUCCAGCCCCGGAGUCCAGACCUCUCUUCGGCAUCGGCGUGGAGAACUUCAUUACUCUGGUGGUGUUUGGUCUGAUUUUCGCGAUGGGCGUGCUGGGCAACAGCCUGGUGAUCACCGUGCUGGCGCGCAGCAAACCGGGCAAGCCGCGCAGUACCACCAACCUGUUCAUCCUCAACCUGAGCAUCGCAGACCUGACCUAUCUGCUCUUCUGCAUUCCCUUCCAGGCCACCGUGUACGCGCUGCCCACCUGGGUGCUGGGCGCCUUCAUCUGCAAGUUUAUACACUACUUCUUCACCGUGUCCAUGCUCGUGAGCAUCUUCACCCUGGCCGCGAUGUCUGUGGAUCGCUACGUGGCCAUUGUGCAUUCGCGGCGCUCCUCCUCCCUCAGGGUGUCCCGCAACGCACUGCUGGGCGUGGGCUUCAUCUGGGCGCUGUCCAUUGCCAUGGCCUCGCCGGUGGCCUACCACCAGCGCCUUUUCCAUCGCGACAGCAACCAGACCUUCUGCUGGGAGCUCUGGCCCAACCAGCUCCACAAGAAGGCUUAUGUGGUGUGCACUUUCGUCUUUGGCUACCUUCUGCCCUUACUGCUCAUCUGCUUUUGCUAUGCCAAGGUCCUUAAUCAUCUGCAUAAAAAGCUGAAGAACAUGUCAAAAAAGUCAGAAGCGUCCAAGAAAAAGACUGCACAGACCGUCCUGGUAGUUGUUGUGGUAUUUGGCAUAUCCUGGCUGCCCCAUCAUGUCGUCCACCUUUGGGCUGAGUUUGGAGCAUUCCCGCUGACCCCAGCUUCCUUCUUCUUCAGAAUCACUGCCCAUUGCCUGGCAUACAGUAACUCCUCAGUGAACCCCAUCAUAUACGCCUUUCUCUCAGAAAACUUCCGGAAGGCCUACAAGCAAGUGUUCAAGUGCCAUGUUUGCAACGAAUCACCACAUGUUGAUACUAAAGAAAACAAGAGCCGCAUAGAUACCCCGCCCUCCACCAACUGCACCCACGUGUGA